AGCCUCAGACAAAUUUUGAAGCUGAAAUUGAUAAGAACAACUGAUCUGUUUCAGUCAGAAUGAGACCCCCUACUGCUAUUCUGCUGCUAGCUCUGCUGGUGAUCUGCCACUCUGUGAAUGCUGGCAUCUUGGAAACCAACACACGCCUCGCAUGCAAAUGUAUAAUGAUAAGGUCGCAAUACAUACAUCCAAAAGUUUACCAAAGUGUGGAGAUCUUUCCUCCAGGGAGUGCCUGCCGGCGUACAGAAGUUAUAAUCACACUUAAAAACGGGAAUAAAGUAUGUGUGGAUCCUGAGAUACGUUGGGUAAAGAAAACACUGAAGGCACUUUUUGAAGCGAAGGAAAAAUGAAAAUCCAGUUAAAUUAAUAAAAUAGCCAAAAUCCUUUUUUGAAGAAAAGAGGAGAGAUGUGGACAAGCCUGACAACCUGUUUUCAAUUUUGCUUUUGCUGUUGUUUUUUCUUUGGUCAGAAGACAAAUAAUGUAUUUUUUCAUAUUUAACAGGCUCCCCAAUCAAAUAAAGAGACAUUUAUA